CAGGCCUCUGCGUCGCUCGCAGAUCAUCCAGUAGCGGCGGCCAGCUAGGGUACAAGGGCACCGCGGCGCGACGGUCCACCCACCGUAUUCCGGCUUACAAGGCGCUGAGUGAUUGCGGCCCUGCCAACCUCUAGCUCCUUUCGUUCUUCAUCCCGACGUGCACUCUGCGCUCCAGCCACAUCUGGGUGCUUGGUGUCUCGCAGACAUACCCAGUACCUCCGGCUGUAACUCGCCAUGCCUUUCUUUGAUGUGCAGAAAAGGCUGGGCCUUAACUUAGAUCAUUGGAUGACAAUCCAAAGUGCUGAGCAGCCUCACAAGAUUCCAGGUCGAUGCCAUGCUUUUGAAAAAGAAUGGAUAGAAUGUGCUCAUGGAAUCGGUGGUACCCGUGCAGAGAAAGAGUGCAAGAUAGAAUUUGAUGAUUUCAUAGAAUGUCUGCUUCGGCAGAAAACGAUGAAACGUCUGAGUGACAUCAGGAGGCAGCGAGAUAAACUAAUAAAGGAAGGGAAGUACACACCUCCACCUCACCACUUGGGCAAGGAGGAUCCUAGGCCUUGAGCAGAGCUGCUGCUGAUGGCUGGAGGCUGAUUUUCAUGUUCUCUCUUCUCCACUGGAAAGUUCAUUUACUGAAAACCUCUUUGUGAAAGUGUCUAAAAAUAAAGGAUUGCUCUAUCCUA